CCUCUUCGUACCUCCAUGGCUGAAUACUCACAUCUCUCUAUCGUAGACCCCGAAUUUGCCGAGGCAAUAGCAAAGCUACCAGCCUUGAACCUACUUGGAACAGACAUCGCGACCGCCCGCGAAGCUUCUCGUUCACGCGUACCACUAAUCCAAGCUGCCCUUCGAGAUACUUUACCGCCAGAAUCGGAAUACAAGAUUACUGAUCGUCAAAUCGAUGUGGAAGACGGUGUCCAAACCCUCGCUAGAUGCAUUGUGCCAACGCUCAAAACUGGCGAAGAUGGCAAAUUCCCUGUCCUUUUCUGGUUCCAUGGCGGAGGUGCGUUCACUCCUCACGAACGAGUUUAGGCGUGGAUGAUCCAUUAGGGUGGGCAUUUGGGGACGUCCAUGGGGACGAUUACACCUUGAGGCGACUCGCAGUCGACUACCGACUGGCAGUUAUCAAUUACGAAUACAGACUGGCUCCUGAACAUCCUUUCCCGACUGCCCCGGACGAUUGUUUCAAGGCCUUUAAAUAUUUCGCCGCAAAUCCUGAUUUGUUGUCCGCCGAUUUCUCGAAGGGACUCAUCGUCGGAGGCAGUUCAGCAGGCGCAAACCUUGCAGCCGUACUCGUUCAUCUUGUCCGCGAUGACCCGCACUUGAAGGAUACACCGAUUACGGGACAAUUACUCGUAAUCCCUGCUCUUGUUCACCCCAAAGCCUAUCCUGAAAAGUUUAAGUCGUCACUUCUAUCAAUGGAACAAAACAAAGACGCACCCAUUCUUCCCAAGGCUAUGAUAGAGACCUUUUAUAACUGGUACAAGGCCGUCCCAACCGAUCCCAAAACAUCUCCGCUCCUCUAUCCUUCUCAUGAAGGUCUGCCCCCGGCUUAUUUCCAGAUCUGUGGUCUCGAUCCGUUACGAGACGAAGGUUUACUGUAUGAAAAGAUUUUAAAGCAAGUCGGGGUUCGAACCAAGCUAGAAGUAUAUCCUGGCGUUCCACAUGGUUUCCUCUCAGUGGCACGAGACAUUACACUCGGGAAAAAGUAUUUGAAUGAUUUCAGACUUGGAGUGGAGUGGCUUCUCAGAGAGGGCCUCUCAAAGCAAAGUUUCCUCGCUGCGCGUGGCUGA